AUGGACCAAUCUCUCGACGUUUCAAAACUCAGCGAUGCCGACAAGAAGGAGCUGAGCCAGCACCUUCAAAACGAGUCCCAAAAAGCUGCUAUCCAGCAAAACGUCCAUCACCUCGCAGACACCUGCUGGAAGAAGUGCAUCACCUCGAAAAUUACAUCUGGUCGCCUGGAUAAGAAUGAAGAAGCUUGUGCAUCAAACUGUGUUGACCGGUGGAUGGACACAAACCUUGCUGUAUUGAAGCACUUGGAGACUCUCCAGAGGCAAUAA